AUGCUGGGUCGCUUGAUAUGGAAGCUUCUGCUGCGGCCAGCUGGACGUGCACGCCUUUCUUUGCUAUUUUGGUUUCGACGGCAGCGUGCAACAGAACGACAAGUGCUGUACGCGGUAGUUCCUGCGGACAAUUCACCGACAGAGGUGACGUGGAUGCCGGCACCGCCUCAACGCAUGCAAGGGGCAGUCCGAUGUGUGUGCAUCUCUGAUACGCACCUGCAGCAUCGACGCCUGCACGCACCAAUGCCCCUGGGAGAUAUCCUCAUCCAUUGUGGUGACGUGCUCCUGGAAAGCAGCGGGGCCACAGUAAAGGACAUAUCCGCCCUUACGGACUUCAACAAUUGGCUCGGCACCCUCUCGCACAAGCACCGCGUGUUGGUUGCAGGGAAUCAUGACGGUGCUUUCCGGGAUCUCCGUGCAGCUGGUGUGAAGAAUCUCCUUCCCCAGUGCAGAUACCUGGAGGAUGAGUCCAUGGAGCUGGAACGCCUAAAGAUCCAUGGAUCGCCACUGUCUGCCGGCGCUAGCUCGAAUGAUGCCUUUCAGAGCCAAAGUGGCUACGACGAAGCCAAAGCAGUUUCUGCCAUACCUGAAGGCUUGGACAUCCUUGUGACUCACGGGCCAGCCGGUGAAGGAGCACUGGGCCGCGCCAGCGCGCGCCUGCAGGAGAGAAUCGACCAGGUGAGGCCGCGGGUGCAUGUCUUCGGCCACUAUCACCUAGGUCACGGGGUGGUUUGCAGCGAUGGUGCGGACGUCUCAGAACAUUUCUCUUGCGGAAACAAUGAUAGCAGUGUGCUGCCAGCAGCCGGCAUGCUCGUGUUCACCGAACCAUGCGAACGUGGAGCAGUCCUGCAACUUGCAACUUCUACGGACGUCGUGCUGCAGUUCUGGAAGCUGGAGGCUCGUCAUCUCUACCUGCUGUUGAACUGGCCGGACUGCCUCAUGCGGGCCAAUCUUGACGCGACGGGCCGAGAAGUGCUCCUAAAAAAGCUCGGCCACCCGAACUCCCUGGCGGUAGAUGACGUGAGGCAGAAGCUGUACUUCUCCGAAUCUGACGACGAGUCGGACCGGAUCAUGCGGUGCGACCUGGAUGGCGGAAACCUGGAGGAGGUCGUAACAGACGUCCAUGUGCAGGGAAUCGCCACAGAUUCAGAGGGCAGGGUUUACUGGACGGAGUUGAGCAGCUCCCAGAUCCAGCGCAGCAGUCUGAAUGGUUCUGGUGCCGAAGUCCUGGUGCGAGAUUUGCAGGAGCCAGCGGGCUUAGUCGUGGACUCACAGGCUGGCCGGAUGUACUGGGCCGAUCAAUGUGGCUACGAGGAAACUGGCAGGAUCCAAAGUGCCCGCUUGGAUGGCUCCGAUGUCACCACUCUGUACAACGCAUCGCAUCCCAUGCAUGUUGCUUUGGAUUCUCGUGGGCAAGUGUACUGGACAGACGCAGGCAGCUUCGAGAUUCGCAGGUGGCAGCCCGAUGGAUCUUUCACAGAAGUCCUGUACAACAAGACGGUCGUACCGCUACCGGAUCCGAAGUUUCCGAAGUAUCCCCACACUCAGCGCACGGGUCUCUUGGAUCCCCAGGGGAUUGCGGUCGACUCCGUGGAAGGCAAAGUCUACUGGACUCAGCUUGGCACGCAGUACGCGAAGCAUGGGGGACCAUCGAUACAGCGGAACAGCAAGCUUCAGCGUGCGAACCUGGAUGGCAGUGAGAUCGAGACCUUGGCAGAGUUCGGUGCCACGCAACCUGUGGCUCUCGUCAUCUCCAACAGCCCAACAGCUCACACCAAAACCGAGCUGUAA